UAUGAGUCUGGCCUCGAAGUGAAGUGAAAGAAUUACGCAGAAAACAAACAGCCAUCGCCCAAAUGGCUCCUCAAUACGCUCCUAGUCUGCGUUCCCGUUUGGCUCCUUUACUGCUUAUUCUGCAAACUGGAUUCAUCAUCAUAGCUGCACUUUGCUUUGAAAACAAAGAAACCAACAAACCUGACAGGAAAUCCUUCUUCCACUUUUACCCAGAGUUCCAGGAUGUGAAUGUGAUGAUGAUUCUUGGUUUUGGCUUCCUGUGCACCUUCCCAGUGCGGUAUGGGUUCAGUGGCUCUGGGUUCAACCUCCUUGUUGCCAUCAUUGCCACCCAAUGGGCUCUCAUACUGAACGGCCUCGACUCCUGGUACAACACCAAGAUAAUCAGAAUUGACUUGAAAAGCAUUGUAAAGGCAGAGCUGUGUGCUGUUUCUGCACUCAUUUCAAUCGGAUCUGUACUGGGAAAGACAAACCCAGUCCAGCUCACCCUGAUUGCCCUGCUGGAAGUGACAGGAUUUGCCCUGAAUGAAUGGCUCCUCCAGACGCUCCUGAAAGUCCAGCCUCCGAACAGCAUCAUGCUGCUUCAUGUCUUCGGGGCCCUCUUUGGACUCAUGCUGACGUGGAUCCUGUACAGAGAUGGCUCAAAGCAGGGAUUUGAGAAGGAAACAUUUGACAAGAAAUCAGGAUUGUUCUCAAUGUUGGGCGCUGUGUUUCUCUGGAUGUUUUGGCCCAGUUUUAACUCGGUACUGGUGGGGGAUGAUCAAACCCGUCUGGAAGCGGUGUGCAGCACCUACCUGUCCCUUGCUGUUAGUGCUGUGACAGCAGCCGCUCUGGCUGUGCUCUCCAGUCCCAGAGGAAAAUUCAACCCAAUCCAAAUGCAAUCAUGCAUCCUUGCUGGCGGCGCUGCUGUUGGGGUUUCUGUGUCGGUAGUUCAACAGCCGUGGGAAGCCAUGGCACUCGGAUUCACUGCUGCCAUAUUGUCAACCCUGGGAUACAGAUAUCUUAAGACCCACUUGCUGAUUGCAUUUGAGUGCCAUGACACCUGCUCUGUUCUGAGCACACAUGGACUUCCUGGUCUAUUGGGGUGGCUUGCACAACUGGUCCUGCAGAUUAAAUACUGUGAUGACCACACUGUGGCUGUCCGAUUUGCUGUGUUUCACAUCUGCACUCUCUUUAUUACUGUCUCUUUAAGUUUGUCCAUGGGAAUCAUAACAGCCUUUCUUGUCAAGUGGACGUUUUGGAGACCCCAACAAAACAAAAAAUGCUUCGAUGAUCAGGCUUUCUGGGAGUUUCCCAACCUCGUGGUACGGAAGUGAGAAUAUGAAGGAAAAAAAAUGAUCAGCUCUCAUCUUGGAUAUGGCUUUUCUACAUCAAUCUUUGCUAUUGAACAUAACUUUUAUAAUUUUGUUUUUCUUAAGAAUAG